AUGGCAACCAUCACUCUCGAUCCUAACUACGGCUACGUCCUCCUCGCCGCCACCUCCACCUUCUUCCUCAACACCAUCCACGGCUUCAACACCGGCGCCGCCCGCAAAGCCGCGGGUAUCGCAUACCCAGCCGCGUACGCGCCCUCGUCGCGCACCGACGCCGCCGCCCACCGCUUCAACUGCGCUCAGCGCGCCCACGCCAACUACAUCGAGAACCAGCCGACGAUGCUAGCAGCGCUGCUGCUGGCCGGUCUGCGGUUCCCGCUCACGGCCGCCGCCAUGGGCGCUGGCUGGUCCGUCUCGAGAUAUCUGUACAUGAAGGGAUAUUCGCGCGGCGAUGCUGAGGGCAAGGGCAGAUAUCAGGGCAUUGGGUUCUUCUUGUUCCAGUUGGGAUUGUCGGUCUUGGCUGGGUACAAUGGGGUUAUGAUGGUUUUGGGGAAGUGA